AUGCCUGGAGCAAAUGAUGCAGAAACUAUCCGGAUUCUCAUCUCCACGGAUAACCAUGUCGGCUACAACGAGCGUGAUCCAAUUCGCGGCGACGAUAGCUGGAAGAGUUUCCACGAAAUAAUGUGUCUGGCCAAGGAACGGGAUGUCGAUAUGGUCCUCCUGGCGGGAGAUCUUUUCCAUGAGAAUAAACCGUCGCGGAAGUCUAUGUACCAGGUUAUGCGGUCGAUUCGCAUGAAUUGCUUCGGCGACAAGCCGUGUGAGCUGGAAAUGCUCAGUGACGCAAGUGAGAACUUCCAGGGCGCAUUCAAUCAUGUCAAUUAUGAGGAUUUGGAUAUGAAUGUUGCGAUUCCCAUCUUCUCCAUCCAUGGCAACCACGAUGACCCCUCCGGAGAAGGUCAUCUGGCUGCACUCGAUCUACUACAGGUAUCUGGUCUUCUCAAUUACUAUGGCCGGACCCCGGAGUCAGACAACAUUCAGAUCAAGCCUGUGUUGUUGCAGAAGGGUCGGACAAAACUUGCACUUUACGGGAUGAGCAAUGUUCGUGACGAGCGAUUGUUCCGCACAUUUCGUGACGGCAAGGUCAAGUUCUUCCAACCCUCUGUCCAGAAAAGCGAUUGGUUUAAUUUGAUGUCUGUGCAUCAGAACCACCAUGCGCACACGGAGACCAGUUACUUGCCAGAGAAUUUUCUUCCGGAGUUCCUUGAUUUGGUUGUCUGGGGUCACGAGCAUGAAUGCUUGAUUGACCCUAAGCUCAAUCCAGAAACGAAGUUCCAUGUCAUGCAGCCAGGGUCAUCUGUUGCGACAUCUUUGGUCCCCGGAGAAGCUGUAGCCAAAAAGGUCUCAAUCUUGAGUGUGACCGGUCGAGAAUUCAAACACGAGCCUAUUCGAUUGAAGACCGUUCGCCCGUUCGUAAUGCGUGAAAUUGUACUAUCUGAAGAAAAGGGAGCUCAAAAACUUGCGCGCAAAGAGAACAAUCGAACAGAGGUGACUCGGUUCCUCAUGACCAUCGUUGAGGAACUGAUCGAGGAGGCCAAUGCGGAAUGGUUGGAAAUGCAAGAAGAGCGCAACGAUGGCGAGGACGACGACCCGCCUGAGGUUCCACUUCCUCUUGUGCGCCUACGUGUAGAGACAUCUACGCCCGAGGGAGGUGCUUAUGAGUGUGAAAACCCGCAGCGAUUCUCCAAUCGAUUUGUGGGGAAGGUUGCUAACGUGAACGACGUGGUGCAAUUCUACCGGAAGAAAAAGACUGCAGGCACACGCGCGGGAGCGACAUCAGUCGAGGAAGAAAUUGCCGUUUCUCAUCUGUCAGCUCUGGACACAGUGAAAGUCGAGCAGCUUGUGCGCGAAUUCCUUUCCUCGCAAUCCCUCAGCAUCCUGCCACAAAACUCUUUCGGCGAUGCUGUCGCUCAGUUCAUUGACAAGGAUGACAAACACGCGAUGGAGAUGUUUGUCAAUGAAUCUCUUGAGAGCCAGGUCAAGCAUUUGUUGGCCUUGGACCGUGACGACGACGAGAUGGACGACGAACAAAGAGAACAAAGCUCUUUGGUCAAUGCCAUGGAGAAAUAUCGUAGUCAAAUGGAGAACAUGUUCUCGAAGGGUGUUAAGAAGCGCACUCGUGGGAAGAAGCGCUUUAAGCCCAAGCCAGAUGGCUGGGAUUCCGAGUUCGAUGGCGUGUGGGAAGAUCAGCCUGGUGCAUUGAUUCAUUCUGACAAUGAGGGUGGAGAUCCAGCCGAGGAAGAAGCCGCGGAAGAUGGAACAGCGCCUACUCGUGGUCGUGCCGCACCUGCUACUCGUGGCCGUGGCAGGGGCCGGGGCCGGGGUGCUGCUGCCAGUGCACGCACUACCAAGGCUAAAGCUGCCCCAGAGAAAAAGACCACGAAGGAUCGCAAGAAGCAAGUAGUUUCGGACGAAGAAUCUGACGUGAUCAUGGUGGAGGACGAAGAUGAGGAUGAUGCAGGUGCCCAUGUCAUUUCAGAUGAUGAUGAUGAUGACGAGGACGAUGAUUCACAGGCACUCUUUGUCAAGCAGCCUCGCGCUGCUACUGCUGCAAGGACGCGAAAAGCCGCCCCCGCCACAAUCACAAGCACUCAGCGCCGUGGACGAGCUGCUGUUUCACCAGCUCCUUCAUCAGCCACUGUCGGUGGGACUGCUCCACGCCGAGCUGCUGCGCGAUCCGGAAAAGCCCAGUCUACACUGAACUUCUCUGCUUCGCAAGCCAGCGCGCCCCAGUCAUCACGACCUAGCCGUUCUACUCGGAACACAAGUAUUAUCAGCGAUGGCGUCGAUGACGAUGAUUCUGAUGAUGAUGCGUUUGAGGAGAUGCCGAGUACCAACUCAAGGCGUCGCAGAUGA